ACAGCGAGCUAUAUCGAGCAACAACAGGCUCUUAAAUCAAACAAGCACCAUCGAGAUGCGACAGUGGAAACGAAGGUGUAAUCCCUCGAUGACAUGCUGUAGCCUGUAGUGUGGCACAUCAAUGCGUUGGCACGGCGCCACAGUCGGACGGAAUCCCGUGAGUCAGCGAUACGCGAGUGGAGAGGUGCGCGAGCCGCGAUCGAUACUGCACACCCCCCUCGCGGCUGCCCUGCACCUGUCGCGGCCGUCGUACGGGCAAAAACCACCCAAAAAUGAACUAAAACCACCCAAAAACGAGUGCUUUCCUCAGUCAAUUCCCCACUAACACUAGUCCAAGGUCACCGGUCGUAGACCUCAGAGUCCUCAAAGUCCUCAAAGAAACUAUCAAUUGUAUCGCAACUACCUCAAAACACGGCUCCGAGUAUUAACAGUGUUUAUUUGUGUGGAUUUUAUUUUUAAUUAUUACGCGUAGUGGGCAAGGUCGUCGUUUAUUUUGCCGUGCACAAAUGUCGGAUCUUUUCCAUUGCAAGCGCGCGCGUGCCCCGAGGUAGAGUGGAACAAAGGUCAGAGCCUGUCAGCGAAACCUCUGUGACAGAGCAGCCAUGGCUUCCAAGGUGCUGGUACCCAGUGCGCCGUUCGCUAAACUGCAGGUGAAGAAAUCACCGCCGGAGUCGAGUGGGCCGGGUUUCAUAAUCGGUGGUGACGCGGUGGCUAGGGUGGCACACUUGGAACACAGCGUGAGGUUCCUGCAAGAGCAACAUCGACUGAUGCUGAGUGGGCUUCAUGCUGAGAUUGAGGCCCUGAGAGAGAGAAAUAGAGACUUACAAUUCCAGUUGAUAUUCAACAAAGAGUCAUCUGUGAAGGCGGCUCCACCGGCGACGGAUGACACAGUUGAGAGCAAUGAGGAGAAGUUACGCAAAGAAGUCGAGCGCUUAGAGAAGGAGGCGGCGGCGGCGCGCGGCGAGGCGCGGGCGGCCGAGGCGCGCGCGCUGCAGCUGCAGAGGCUGCUCGAUGCGCAGGCAGAGAAGCUGCGCGAGCUGGAGCUGCGCGGGCCCGCGGAGGGCGGCGGCGCGGGCGGCGGGGGCGGUGGGGCGGGCGGCGGCGAGGACGGCAGCCCGGAGAGCCGCGCGGAGCUGCGGCUGCGGCUGGCGGAGGCGGAGCGGCUGGUGCGGCGCCUGCGCGCGGACGCGGAGCGCCAGCGACGUGAGGUACUCGGGGGCGCGGGCGUCACCAACCUACUGUUCGACGGCGCGGCCGCACGCCACGCGCACUUGCAGUGCAUGAAGAACUCGCUGCACGCGUCGCUGCGCGCGAGCGGGCUGGACUACGGCUACCAGAACCACUACCACUUCCCGCCCGUGCACACCGCGGACUUCUGGCGCGAACCACUUAGAGAAGAAUACAGUAUGGGAUCACGAAAUCGAAACAACAGAAGACCACUUACACUGCCAGAGCUUACAGCUGUCGGACAACCGCUUCGCUCUACCGUGUAUGCUAAUAAUCAUACGCGGGCACGAGGAUACGGUUACGAUAAAAAUAAAAAGAGUCAAUCCACAAAUGGUGAAACAACUAGUGGAAAAAGUCCAGAAGAACCAUCAGAAGAUCCGCGAUUAAAACCGCUAUGCCUUGAUAACGAUAGGUUAUCGAAACCGGUUACCCCUGGAAAAUCGAACGAGAGUCCCUUUUCCACGUAUCCCGAGUUGAAAAUAGUGGUUACUAAAAUUAUACCCCACGGAAACGUGAGUUCGCCGGGUGGCGACGCGAGAGCGCGGGCGCGGCGCUCGCAGCGCAAGCACAGCGACCACGCAUAACUACACCGUGGACUACGAUACUCUCACAAAUAUAGCCUUACUCACCUAAUAUUACUAAUACCAUACCAGUUACAGCUACAACGUAUUACUGUUAUAAUAAACUCUUUUAUAAGUAGGUAGUACAUCACUAACCGGCGUGACUUUGACUAUUGUUUUAACUUUCAUAAAAUGACUACACUGGUAUUAUUCCAGUACCUUAUACUGCAACUUCUAACUGUUUACAAUAAACUCCUUUAUAAGUAGUUAAAUCAUCACUAGCCGGCGUGACUUUGACUAUUGUUUUAUCUUUCAUAAAUGAUUAUACCAGUAUUUUCCCACUUAUACCGGUAUUAUACCGGUUUUACCGUUACUUGACCAAUAUGUCGAUUGGUAUAAUAUACAGGUAUACCGAUAAUAUUAUCGGUGGGAAAUAGAACACGUGAACUGAAUUAGAACUAGAUUUUCAACAAUUACCUCAUGUCGUAAAAAAUUAACGAUAAAGUAGAACUGAGAAACUUGACUGUAGACGAUUAAAGUUAAAUGAAUUUUACUUACUUAUUUAAUUUUUAAAUAUAUCCAUUUAAAAUCAUCGUUUUUUAAGACAUUUUAUCUUCAGAACUAUUUCACAUAAUUCCAUUAAAUUAGGUAGAUAUAUUUCAGACCGAUUUAAAUAAACCCCUAUCAUUUUUUUGAAAAUAUUUUAAGUGCCUAGAUUGCAACGUAUAUCUGCCACCAAAGUUACAUCAGUGUCGCUGAUGUAACUUUGGUGGCAGAUUGGGAAACUAAUGUGACAGUUAAGAAAUAUUCAAAAUGGCGGAUAAUAAUUCGUAUGAAAUAGUAAACGCAGAAGCAAUAUUAUCGUGUAAGCGUUACUAAAACAUACUUAGACUAUUCAACGUUUAAUUCAACACAGUAUACUAACAGAUUUUAACAAACGCGUCACGGAAGUUGGCAUAAACGUGUCAUUUGUAAGGCUGAAUUACGCGUAAAUAUGGAACGUAAUUAAUAUGAAAUGGUUUAAACCGCUGGAUCUGAAAACUAGAUUUUGCAUGUAGGUUUUCCCUGUAAAGAAGACCCCAUUAAAAAAGGAUUUUCAGAAUUCCCAACCGAGCGUAGCCAAGGCGGUUCAACUAAUUUAGCCAUACAAAUUGUCAUAUUUAUGCCAAUUUAAGUCAUGCAUUAAGUUAGCUAGAAAAAUCUUACGAAAUUCUGCGUGCAUAGAAAAAAUGUUUGCGGAUUUUUUCUUGACCAUCGCGUUUACGCAGGACUACCAUACCUAAUUUGCUACGUGGAUAUCUAUGCGCGCGGAAUUCCGCUAUGAAAACUUAUUCUCAAACCCGUCGGUGAGGCAAAUAUAAAAUCUUCAUUAUUCAUUGAAAUAUUUAAUUAAUAAUAAUAACAAAAACUAAUUGCCUAUUAUUGGUUAAAUAGUUACAUACUUGAAUUAUCAUUAGAAUUUAUUAUAUAACGAUUGAUACAAAAACUUGAAUUUAUUGUAAGAAAAGAUAUAAAAAUGUGCUCAAGUUGUAGAACUUGAUAUGAGUUAGUGAUGUUUCAUUCCAAAACGUUUAUUUUUAAAGUUAACUGCCAAUUGUUUCGACUAACGUUCACACUGAAGUCGGAUAACAGUACAACACUAGGCGAAACCGGUUUUAUUAAGGUAUAUUCACGGUAUAUCGGUAUAUUUACUCGUGCCUUAAAAAAUGACGGCGUUUAUCAUUCUCUCUCAUUUACACAUUUACGCACUAAUAUCUGCGCGAAUGAGAAACAAUGAUUAGAUUAAUUUCACUAUUGGCACGAGUUGUCUAUGGCUAAGCUACAGACUAAAGCUAAAGUGUAGAGAAAAUUAACCAGCCAAAACCGCAUCUCAUCCGGUGAAGCCGAUUUAAAAGGAAUCUUAUUACCCUAUCGACUUUUGAAAUACAAAAGCAGCUGGCUGCACUAGCUUCUUGAAGACACUAGUGAAGCCAACUAUAAAACGUGAAAAUGCCUUCCUAAUAUUUUUAUUAGCGACCCACAAAGUCUUUUUCCUUUGUUCUAAGAGCUAAGUUUUAAAUAAUUAAUAUUUCACAUUCCGAAUUUUCUUAUUUUUAGUUAUAACUGAUUAAAAAAUCAAUAGCAGCAUUUACUUAAUAGGUAUCCGUCUUCAAUGUGAACGAGUCCUUAGUCACUCUACAUUUGUGAGAGCGUUUGUAAACCUUAUGCUAAAACUGUAGCCUUAUCCAAUAUUAUCUAAUUAUUGAAAUAUAUUAUGAAUAAUUAUUGAUAUAAUAAUAUAUUUAUUGCAAAUAGA